UUGUCUGCUGUCUGUUUCCAUGGAAGAUGUUCAACAGAAACACAAGGAGACUCUGCGGGCACAAACUGAAACACUGAGAGUGAACACGAUCCUGAUGAGGGAGAAGGUGAAGGUCUUCCAGCUGGUUGAUCGAUACGCUGAGCUCACGGUCAUUUCUGCUGUUCGAGAUCGGAGAUUGGUGGAACAUGAGCUGCUGGCAAGAGGCCAAGACCACGAGGAGUGGAGACAGAAACAUCUCCGCAGAGAGCUGGAAAAAAUCCGGACUGAUCAGUUAUUCUGGAGCAGGUUUUCCCAAAGUUACUCCACAUCUGCGAGUUCGGCAGCAGUGGCCGGAGUCCCAGGGAUCGGGAAAACAACAAUGGUUCAAAAGAUUGUUUAUGACUGGGCCACGGGGAAAAUAUACAAACAGUUCCAGUUUGUCUUCAGUUUCAAAUUCCGGGAUUUAAACUCCAUUAACUGCAGAAUAAACCUGAGGGAACUGAUUCUGUAUCAGUAUCCUUACUUUGGGAAUAUCCUGAGAGAGGUCUGGAAGAGCCCAGAGGGAUUGCUGUUCAUAUUCGAUGGUUUGGAUGAAUUCAAUGACAAAAUUAAUUUUGCUGACAGUCGGAGAGACACAGAACCUCAGUCCACAUGCACAGAUCCUGAAUUCAAGUGCAAGGUGUCUGACAUUGUGUACAGUUUAAUCCAGCGGAAGCUGCUCCCAGGGUGUUCAGUGCUGGUGACUACCCGCCCCACUGCGUUACAUUUACUGGAAAAGGCGAAGAUCGGUAUCUGGGCUGAAAUCCUGGGAUUUGUUGGUGUCGAACGGAAGGAAUAUUUCAUCAGGCAUUUUGAAGAUCAGAUGGUGGCAGCAGCUGUUUUCAAACACGUGAAGGAGAACGAGAUCCUGUACACCAUGAGCUACAACCCCUCCUACUGCUGGAUCCUCGCUCUGACACUGGGCCACUUCUUCACACAAAGAGACAGGGACCCACAGCGAGUUCCCAAGACCAUCACCCAACUGUACUCCUACUAUAUUUACAACAUCCUGAAAAACCACGGCCGUGAGAAUGAGAACCCCCGUGAUGUGUUACUCAGGGUUGGUCAGAUGGCCUUCAGAGGAGUGUCCGAGAGGAAGAUUGUGUUUACAGAUGGAGAUUUGAUGAAGUACAAUCUGCAGCCUUCCCAGUUCCUGUCCGGGUUCCUGAUGGAGCUUUUGGAGAGAGAGGAUUCUGCCCGGAGCGUGGUGUACACAUUCCCACACCUCACCAUCCAAGAGUUUGUAGCUGCAGUCGCACAAUUCCUGAAUCCACAUCCCGGGAAUAUCCUGAAAUUCCUCACUGAAGUCCACAGCACGACAGAUGGGCGAUUUGAGGUAUUUCUCCGUUUUGUUGCUGGUCUCUCCUCCCCAAUGACAGCUCGGGGCCUGGAGGAGUUUCUGGGUCCAUUUCCCAAUGAAACAACCUGCCGGGUAAUUGACUGGGUGAAGGAGGAGGUUAAACGCCAGGUUGGAAACACAGAGAGUGAAGCUGGUAAAAGGAGCGUCCUGAACGCAUUGCACUACCUGUUUGAGUCUCAGAAUCGUGGACUGGCUCAGGCCGCACUGGGAUCUGUGGAAACACUUUCAUUCAGUGGAAUGACACUGACCCCGAUUGACUGCGCGGUCCUGUCUCAUGUCAUCGGACUCUGUGAUACAAUAAAACACCUCGACCUGGGGAACUGCCACAUUCAGUGUGAAGGAAUCCAGCGGCUGGGUCCCGGGCUGCACAAGUGCCAGGUGUUGAGCCUCGGUGGGAAUGAACUGAGAGAUUCAGGAGUGAAGCUGGUGUCUGCGGCUCUGAGGAACCCGAUGUGUAAAAUACAGAAACUGGGGCUGAUCAAUGUCGGUCUCACAGAUUCUGGUGCCGAGGAUCUCGUCUCCGCUCUCAGUACAAAAUCUUCACUGACGGGGCUGGACCUGAGUGAUAAUAAACUGGGAGAUUCAGGAAUGAAACUGGUGUCUGUGGCUCUGAGGAACCGGGAGUGUAAAAUACAGAAGCUGUGGCUGAUCAAUGUCGGUCUCACAGAUUCUGGUGCAGAGGAUCUCGCCUCCGCUCUCAAUACAAAACCAUCACUGACGGGGCUGGACCUGACAUCAAACUCGCUGACAGACCGAUCUGUCCCCGCUCUCCGCCGCCUCAUACUGACACACCCGAGUCUGGAGCUGAUCUGGCUGGAGGACAAUAAGUUCAGUGAGACCGGGAGGAAGGAAAUGAGAUCUCUGCAGGAAACCAGACCCGGACUGAGAGUGAACAUCUGAAUGUGUGAACAUCCCCGCCCGCGGGAUGGCGACAUUUUGCCGAUUCCCCGCCCUCCCCUUUAACACCCGCCCUUACCUUUAAGGGCCGCGCGCCGGGGGUGGUUCCCAACGGUUUUAACGGAACCAGCUCAGGUCUCGCGCUGUGCGUUGCUCGGAACGGUCCCGCAGUGACGUGUAUCCACCUGUUGACCGGCCGGACAGCUUCCGCCGGAUGUGCGUGUUCGAGACUCCCCACGUGACACACCGAAGAAUUACCCAGACAGGAGGAGACCCGGGGUCCGGGGUUCAGUCUGGGACACUGGUGCCCGGGGUGGGUUUAUCCCGGGAGAGAAUCAUUUUGCUCCCUUUGCUGAGGACGGUGCAUUCGGCAGCCUGGCCGAUAUAAUGAUGUCAAAUUGACAAAUCCUUCGGUAAAGACCCUGGAUCUGCAGCGAUCCCGGUCACGGCCCUGAAGUGGAUUUUAUAAUCAUCGGUUCCCCGAUGCAGAGUGACGGUGAGAAACGGGACUGAUUAUUCAAACUGUCACUCAUUGUCGCCGGACAGUUAAUUGUGUGUGACUGUGAGUGAAUCGAUUUACAUUUGUCAUGAUGAAAUCAAUAAACCGCUCUAACUUCC